AUGGCAAGUCAACGAAUCUACGACUCCCCGUACCCCAAACCCGAUGUCCCAACCAACCAAAGCAUAUCGCAAUUUCUCCUCCAGAGUAACCCAGACGACGCGCACCCAGACCAAGUCAUCCUGGCCGAUUUCGACAACCCCAAGCGAGAACUCACCUACGGCGCACUCCGGCGCAAUGCCGCUCGAGACGCUGCGAUCCUGCGAGACGUCCACGGACUAAACGAGGGCGACGUGUAUCCCCGUGAUUUCGAUCGAGAAAAUGCGUUACAGAUCGAGCCUUUGGACCUCUCCCUGAGAGACAAUAGAAAGCAACCAGCAGGCAUGUGCUUCAGCUCUGGCACAUCGGGCAAACCCAAAGGCGUGGUCUUCUCUCACCAUAACCUCAUCGCCCAACUGCUUUCCCUUCGAGCAACCAACCCGUUUCUACACAACGGCCACAUGCGCGAGGUUUUCUUUCCGUCGUUCUCGCACGUGUACGGCAUUGUAUCCGCGGUGCUUCUGCCGGCGUGGGUCGGCUCGUACGUGCAGGCGAUGAAGAAGUUCAACUACUCCGGAUAUCUCGAAAGAUGCGCCGAAAUACGAGCGACUGUGCUAAGGCUUGUUCCUGCUGUGGCCGUGAGGAUGGUCAAAGAUGCAGGGGUUAAGCGGUUGGACUUUAGCUGCGUCCAGGCGGCCAUGUGCUCUGGUGCACCGUUGUCAGACGAUGUCGUCGAGCACCUGCGACGCCUACUCGCACCAAAUGCAGGAGUUCUAAAUGGCUUUGGCAUGAGCGAGUGCACUGUUACGCUGCUGAGAGAAACGCGAAGAGACAAAGGUGCCAGUGUUGGACGCCCUGCCGCCGGAGUGUCCAUCCGGGUCGUGGAUGACAACUACGAGGAUGUCCGGCCCGGGACAGACGGGGAGUGCCUGAUUAAAGGCCCGACGGUCUUUAUGGAAUACAAGGGAAACAAUUUAGAGACGCGAGAGGUGAAAAGAGAUGGAUGGCUCCGAUCUGGAGACGUUGUGCGUGUGGAUGAGGAUGGGUUCUUCUAUCUCACCGGCCGGAAGAAGGAGCUCAUCAAGUUCAAAGGGAACCAAAUCGCCCCCGCAGAACUGGAGGCAGUUUUGUUAUUACACCCACACGUCGUUGAUGCGGGCGUGUGUGGGGUGAAGGAUAAACAACUCGACACCGAGAUUGCUGUGGGCUUCGUGACACUUGCAGCGGAGGUUUCGACGGAGAAGCAUGCAGAAGUGCUGGAGGAGGUACGCGAGUUUGUAAAUAGUAGGGUUGCUCCGUAUAAGACAUUUAGGGAGAGUCUGUUCCGUAUGGAAGCGCUCCCUAAGAACGCAUCGGGGAAGUUGCUGCGGCGACACUUGGUGGCGAAGGCGACGGAGUUACGCAGCAGACGCCAGAAGCUAUAG